AUGAGGAGCUUACUGGAGUUCAUGUAUGCAGGGGAAGUGAACAUUUCACAAGUUCAGCUGGGUGCCUUCUUACACACUGCCGAAGCCCUUAAGAUCAGGGGCCUGGCCGAGUCCUCUGAUGAGCGCAAAGAACAGGGAGGGUUAAACAGCAUAUCUCCCUUAUCAGCCCUGAAGUCCUCCCUUAGCGGGUUGGGCAACAUUGCAAUGGGUGGCUUAGGUGCACCAUCAAUUCUAGAGAGGCCUCUAGUGCCCCAGCUGUUACCUCACCAUCCAGACAAACAAGGAAACCCCCUGACAGCGCCUCACCACCUGCCCCCCCACCUGGUGCCUCCUCCUCUAUCCCUGCCAGGCGGCACCCAUCCAACGCCAUCACAAGGGGUGACUGGCGGUCCCACCAGUAGCAGCAGCAGUAGCAGCACGAGCUGCAGUGUGACCGGCAUACCCUCGGGACCUCUCCCCCUAACCACAACCUCGCAGCCCAGCGAGCGCCCUCCCCGCCCAGAAGCGCCAGAACACUCUCCCUCGCCGCCCCCUCCCUUGCCUCCCAGCAAAAGGAUCCGUGUGGAGAGGAAGAGCCCACUUGACCCUCCCCCUGAAAAGAACAACCACAGAGACUCUACCAACGGCACUACCUCCUCUUCUACCCUAACCACCACUACAACCACUCUGUCUAAUGAAGAAAAUAGCCAAACUGUACUCAAGAGUCAUGGUGGUGUUGAGAGAUUGCUCAAUGUUCAUAGUGGUUUAACUCCUAAGAACAGUGAAUGA